AUGGUUUCCUUUUUUCCAGCCAUCUCCACCACGAGGUGGUUUGAACUUUGAGCCUUUUGUAGUCCUGAUGAAUAAUUUCAUUUUCCUCAAGUUUAUGACACUCGGAACGUCAAGAACUGGAGAGAUUAAAAUGGCUUCCAGAGGAAAGACAGAGACAAGCAAAUUAAAGCAGAAUUUAGAAGAACAGUUGGAUAGACUCAUGCAACAAUUACAAGAUCUGGAUGAAUGCAGAGAGGAACUUGAUACAGAUGAAUAUGAAGAAACCAAAAAGGAAACUCUGGAGCAACUAAGUGAAUUUAAUGAUUCACUGAAGAAAAUUAUGUCUGGAAAUAUGACUUUGGUAGAUGAACUAAGUGGAAUGCAGCUGGCUAUUCAGGCAGCUAUCAGCCAGGCCUUUAAAACCCCAGAGGUCAUCAGAUUGUUUGCAAAGAAACAACCAGGUCAGCUUCGGACAAGGUUAGCAGAGAUGGAUAGAGAUCUGAUGGUAGGAAAGCUGGAAAGAGACCUGUACACUCAACAGAAAGUGGAGAUACUAACAGCUCUCAGGAAACUUGGAGAGAAGCUGACUGCAGAUGAUGAGGCCUUCUUGUCAGCAAAUGCAGGUGCUAUACUCAGCCAGUUUGAGAAAGUCUCUACAGACCUUGGCUCUGGAGACAAAAUUCUUGCUCUGGCAAGUUUUGAGGUUGAAAAAACAAAAAAAUGACAUGGUGCAGAAGCUUGUAACGUUGAUCACACUCUUACUGUAAAUGGUGUCUUUCUUCUGGGGGUUUUCAGUUAUUGCAAAGAAAUGAAGAGAUUCUGGAAAUGCAUCAAUAACCUAAGAAAAAGCGACAUAAAAAUAUACUUAUGGCUUGUGUUUAUGCUCUUCAUCAUUGUGUGUUGUGUGGGGUUACCUGCUUGAGUGAUCCUGAACUUGUUGCGACAGAGGGACUUACUGGACUCUGUUCAUUAUGAUUUGUCUGUUUAAGAGAGAAAACAAAGUGGACUUGAUUUUUAUUAAGGCUGUUUUUAAGUGUUGAUAGCGAAUGAAAAGAUGUGAAGUAAUGAUAUUUUUCUGCUUACAACUUAUCCCCACUCAUUGGAGUGAACAGUGACGCAAGCUCAAUAGACUUCAUAAGUGUUCAUAGAAUUUUAGAGUUCUGAGUGAUCUUAGAAAUCAUUUCUGUUUUUACAAACAAGGGAACUGAGGUCCAGAAAGAGCAAGUGACUUGCUUAAAGUCGCAUCAGAGAGCUGAGGGUAAGACUCAGGUGUCCUGACUCCCAGUUUAGUACCUGUUGAAUUUUAUUUCUGUACCAUUUAAAAAAAAAUAAUUAACACUAUUUGUGCAAGUCAGUGUUUUUGAAAAUUCAGUGUCCCAAUAAAAAGUUGACUGCACACUAAGGGACCAUCCCUCAGCCUGUAAGCUGUCUGUAUGAAUGGGGCCCGUUGUAUCUUUGAGGUUGGAACAAUGGAAGCCCUGUUGAGCGUUUCCUAAAGUGACUUAGCCGCCUGUGUUGUUUCACCAGGGAAGCAAUAAGAAAUGGCAGCUAGAGGCCCUCCCUGUGUGUGACCUCUUGUCACACUCAGAGGGGGGUAACUGUCAGCUAUUAUCUAUUCUUCAGGUUUUGGAGAAACACAAAAUAAGUUAUAAGGAAAAGCAAAUUUCUCUCCUGAGUAUUUACAUGUCUCUGUAUGCUCAAAUAUGUAGAUGUGUCCCUAUGCGUGUAUAUUAGCUUAUUUCUUAGGCUCUAGCCAUUUUAUAUUCUUUCAUGUGCUUCUCGAUAUUCUUUUUCUUUGCACUUUAUACAAAUUAAAAGCAUUUUUAAAGCUU